ACCCACCCCUCCCACCGGACGUUGUAAAGGUUGUGAAAGAGAGGAAGCAAGAGGAGGAAGAAUAUAUCCAUACACAAAGCGUACCUUCUUCUUACGGUGACUUCGUUCCAGAAGGCAGAAAUCUGCAAGGAUGAGCAAAUUCGGUGGAGCUGCUGUCCUUCCGGUAUACCAUGAAGAAGAAGAUGAAGACUUGUUCGAGACAUCAUCGUCCAUCUCAGGCGACUCCGAUGAUGAGGCCCAAUUUUCAGACAGCGAGGAAGCUGAAGCUCAAGAAUACCAGUUUGCGCAACAGGCAGCUUCACAGGCGACAAGGCUGAAUUCAGUUAGCCUCUAUGAUCUGUCAUCUAUGAUGGCACAACUCCCUGUCAAGAAAGGAUUGUCCAAAUACUACGACGGGAAAUCUCAAUCAUUUGCAUGUUUGUCCGAGGUGAGAUGCCUAGAGGAUCUACGCAAGAAAGAGAGUCCAUACAAGAAGAUCAAAUCAUCAAAGAGCUAUGUAGCACUGGAUGGGAACCAGCAAGCUUGUCAUAUACCUGGAGCAAACAGCACAUCAAUAGCCAAGAAGUCCUCUGGAAGUUCUUGCGCAAAUCUGAUGGCUAGGAAUAACACCAAGAACAUGCUCUAUAGGCCUCCCCCAAUUCCUGUACACAAAAAUGGAUACCAUCAGUAGGGACACCAUUGAAAUGUUUUCUUUUUGUCAGGGUUUCAGGUCUGUUCUUUUUUUGAGGAUUUUGUUGACAAGCAUAUUAGCCUGUCGCAGAUGUAAGAGGAUUUCUUUCUCUGCCAUCUACAGAGAAUCAUUUUGUUCAUGAAGACAUCAAUUCUGUUUGUAAAUAACUAAACUGAAUUUUUCAUUCAACUGUCUAGGGCUGAUGAACAAUCUUCUAUCUCUGAAUUUU